UCUUUCUAUUAAACUCGAACGUUGUCGGAAGAUGUUGCAAUUUCUAUCUCAUAGUACCUAUGAGAAAUAUAAAACAACUUAUAAAAUUAUCUUUAAAACUGUUUCUCGAAACUGCAAUGAACUUUCCUUAUUCAGCCUACAUAUACUAGAACACUUAAGGCCAUCCCGUUAGUCGGGAUGAAUAAGCCACAGAAGCUUAAAAUCCCUUGAGAAAAAAAAAAAAAAAAAAGCCAUCCCGUUAGUAUACGUUCGACAAUCGCCGAGUUAAGAAGCUCUUCUAGUUAGAUGAAAUUUAUGAGCAUAAUCAACGAUACUACCUGGUACUCACCCAAUUAGUUCUCGGACCAAUUACUCCUAAAUCUCGGCCUUAGCGUUUGCAAAAUGACUAAUGAAAACCUAGCUCAACCAGAUCAGCACCCUAUGAUAAGCUACAUCGAUUUGUGGGAUAGGAACAACAACGUUACGGAAAUAGAGAUUCCAGUGGCGUUUGGCAAGAUUGCUGGAAAAUGGUUCGGACCGAAGAAUAUUCGACCGAUCCUGUGUUUACACGGAUGGAUGGAUAACUGCGGCACUUUUGAUCGACUGAUUCCAUUGCUUCCCAAGGAAGUCAGCUUUUUGGCGAUCGAUUUCCCGGGACAUGGUUACUCGUCACGCAUACCAGAUGGCAUGGCUUAUCAUCAGAUGGAUAGUGUAUUAAUACUGCUGCACAUAAUGAACGAAUAUCGGUGGGAUAAGAUGGCAAUGAUUGGGCAUUCUAUGGGAGCAAUCAUAGCUUUCAUGUUCACGUCAAUGUUUCCAGAUAAGGUGGAGUUUCUGAUUGGAAUUGAUGCCCUUAAACCGCAGUCAUAUUACCCGAAAAGAUUUCUUUCUUGGGCUCCUGUGAUGGCCAAUAAGUUGCUUGAGGCCGAUAAAAGGAAUCGUGAAAGAUCGGAACCACCAGCCUACACGUAUGAGGACAUGCUGGAUCGUUUGUUUGAAGGAACCAUGGAAUCUGUAACGAGAGAAACUGGUCCAUAUUUACUGCAAAGAAAUAUCAAACCGUCCAAAAAAUUUCCCGGCAAAUAUUAUUUUGACCGUGAUAACCGAAUAAAGUACAACAACAUUCCCGGAUGGUCGGAUAAAGUGAACUACGCCCUGGCAAAGCAAAUCAAGGUGCCACAGCUGGUGAUCAAGGCCAUCGAUUCACCCUAUCCUGGUUCCAAAGAAGGCUUCGAUGAAAUGGUCGCCAUACUUAAGAAACAAAAUUCCAUGUUCCGCGUGAAGUAUUUGAAAGGUUCCCAUCACAUUCAUUUGACCGAUCCGGAAUUGGUGGCACCCGUUGUGACAGAUUUUCUACGGAAACAUUGGGUCAGACAGGUCGAUGAGGUUGUUAGCAAAUUGUGAUUUAUCGGAGUAUAAGGAAUGCAUGUUGUAAAUUAUUUUAUUUCUAAAUUGGAUUAGGUUUACUUUGGAUUAAAUUAUAAAAAUAUACCAAAUGACGAAACUUUUAUUCAAUUUUUUUCCUGUACUCUUGUUCU